AAACGCAGGCGCUCCGGGCAAAUCUACACGCUGCUGACGCGCGUCUGGAUAAAACGCCUCUGAAGUGCUGUGGACUACUGUGGAAGGAUCAGGAUGAAGAGAAAUCACGAUUUUAGCUCCUCAGACAGCGAGCUGGAUGAAACCAUCGAAGUGGAGAAGGAGAGCGCGGACGAAAAUGGAAAUAUGAGCUCUCCUCACGGGUCCAUGUCUCCAACAACAUCAACCCAGGUGCAGGCGAGGAAAAGGCGCAGAGGAAUUAUAGAGAAACGGCGCCGUGACAGGAUAAAUAACAGCCUGAGUGAGCUGCGCAGGCUGGUUCCCAGCGCCUAUGAGAAGCAGGGUUCAGCCAAACUGGAGAAAGCAGAGAUUUUGCAGAUGACGGUUGAUCAUCUGAAAAUGCUCCACGCCGCUGGAGGCAAAGGGUACUUUGAUGCUCAUGCCCUGGCGAUGGAUUACCGUGGAUUGGGGUUCAGGGAGUGUCUGGCUGAGACGGCUCGCUACCUGAGCAUAAUUGAAGGUUUGGACAGCACUGACCCUCUGCGGAUGCGCCUGGUCUCCCAUCUCAACAACUACGCCACUCAACGGGAGGCGCACUCCGGUCUCAGUCACCUGGCCUGGGGCUCUGCUUUUGGAUCGCCCGCCGCCCACCUGACACACCCCCUCCUCCUCCAGCAGAAAACAGGGGCUCCUCUGGCACCUCUGACCCACAGCACCAGCAGCAGCUCUCAGAACCCCAUGUCCUCCACAGCCGCUUCAUCCCCUUCCUCUACCUCACCUUCGUCAUCCUCACUGGUUGCAGAGACUCACCUCCCAGGCAGGCACAGUGGCAGGGUCACCCCCCACUCGGAUCCGGGCUCCAUCCGGGUCCCCUCCACCACUGCUGCUCCCAGCACCGUCCUGCAUCCCGCUUUGGUUCCCUCGCCUGCGUCCAAGAUUUCCCCUCCGCUCCUGUCCGCUCUCUCAGCGUUUCCCUUUGCCUUUGGUGCCUGUCCCAUCAUCACACCCACCAGCACCAUCAGCCCCCCAGCCCAGAGCUCCAAUGUGGGCAAACCCUAUAGACCCUGGGGGAUGGAGAUAGGAGCCUUCUGA